AUGCCAGCAGUAGCAAAGUCCUACCUUCCCUCCUUCGCCGCUUUUCUUGCCUUCGGCAUAACCUACACAACAAUCGUCGCAACAAAAGAAGGCGCAGCCGUCGACGGGGCACGAACACGCUGGCAAGACCAACAUGCGCGCGCGAGGAAUGCCCUCAGCGGAGGAAUGAGUCUGGCAGACAUGGAGAGGAAGUAG